GGAGCGAAUGUGUGUGUGUGUGUGUGUGUGUGUGUGUGUGUGUGUAUCAGAGGAUCAGAGGAGAGUGAAAGCAACACAGAUUAACUUCGAAAGGAAAGCCAGACUUGUUUUUCUUGUUUCUGCAUAUCUCAAGAAGGUGGGACGUCCUCGUGUAAACAGCUAAGCUCAGUGCACAUACAACUAGGCACGAGGAUUGGUCUCUGUGUCUUGGAUUUAAACACUCAAACUGCAAUAAAAGAUGGCUGCAUCACCGCCUCCGGUGCUCCCCAGAAAGCAUUCAGGUGUCCGAGUGAUGAUAAUUCCAGGGGAGGAGCCUCCUCCUGGUGGCCUGCCUGUCUACAGAGGUUUUAGCAAAGAGAACGGUGCCAGCGUGGACACAAAUUAUACAAAUCAACUGAAUGCAGAGAGAGAAGUGGAGAUUAUGAAUCACUGUUUUGAUGAUGUGGAGCGAUUCAUGGCACGCUUGCAACAGACAGCUGAGGCCCAGACUGUUCUCAACCAAAGGAGGAAGAAGAGAAACAGAAAGAGCAAGAAGAAGGAGGAUCAAGAUGAUGAUUUGUUGACGCUGAAAGCUCUCCCUCCAUCAGAGGAAGAGUUUGUGGAAAUCUUUCAGAAAAUCAAGUAUUCCCUCUGUCUGCUGGACCGUCUCAAGUCGUCCAUCAAACAGCCUGAUGCACCAGAGCUGCUGCAUUCCAUCUUUGUACCUCUCAGGCUGAUGGUGAAAACCACUGGAGGGCCAGCAUUAGGAGCAUCAGUGCUUAGUCCUGCUAUGACCAGCGGUGCUGUAUCACUGCUCCAGGAGCAUCUGACUAAAGAGGAAAGGGAGCUGUGGACUUCAUUAGGGCCCAACUGGACCUCACCCCGUUCACAACUUAGUGUGUCUGUUCCUCCAUACUCACCUGUCUUCCUGGAUGGGUGGCAGCCUCAGGCUUAUGACUCAACUGGACAGCUUUUCGAAGAUCCAAUUGAGUCGCAGCACAAACAAGAUUCUUACAGGGAAAGAAGGGAGGCGCAAAUUCCUCAGGACCAAGCUCAACAGACAGCGGAGGGCCUGGGUGACGGCACUGAUGAAGUAAAUGGAAAUGGGCUCCCACCAGAGGGUGAGAGACUUUACUGCUGCAGUUAUGAUUUUGUGGCUAGAAACAGCAGUGAACUCUCUGUGCUACAAGGAGAAACACUAGAGGUCAUCGAGUCAUCGAAGAGAUGGUGGAAAUGUCGGAAUCGCUUCGACCAGAUUGGAUUCGUCCCUUUUAAUAUCCUGGAGCCUCUGUCUGCUCUGAAUAACACUGGGAGAGACAGCCCGGUCGUACGCAGAGAGUCAAAGAAGACAGCCAUUACCCCUCGGCCAAAGUACUUCUCUUAUGCUCCGCCAAGCCCAGUUGGAACCAGCCCUACAAGCCCAAUGCGGCCACAGAGCAUGAUUUUACCGUCUCCAACAAUGCCGGGAGAAGACAGCGACCGAGUCAUGGUAAUGAAUGAAGAGCUCCUUCAGCGGCUUGCUGUGAGAAGAGACUCAGCCCGUCCACCGGUGGUCCCCCGCACAGCUGACACUUCUACUCCCCUGAACUAUCACUCACCAGCUGCUGAGGUGGAGGCCUGGCUCACAACCAAGGGCUUCAGUCAGCAGACGGUUCAGAGUCUGGCCAUUUUGAAUGGCGCUCAGCUUUUUUCACUGAAUAAAGAGGAACUCCGCACAGUGUCACCAGACGAGGGUUCAAGAGUCUACAGCCAAAUUAUGGUGCAGAAGGCCCUUCUCGAGGAUGUGCGCAAAACCACCGAACUAGAGAGAGCCAUGGAGAAGCAAAAGCUGAGGAUUGAGGAGAGUGACAUAGUGUGACGGACAUCCACUAAUACAGACGUGGCAUAUACAGUGAUGUUGCAGAUGAAUUUAAUCUUUUAAUCAUACAUGCUGUGUAUCUAUGUGCUACACAUUCAACAACAAAACCAAACUGUGCUAGAAGUAAAGCUCACUCACUAAUACGCUGAUUGACUUGGGACUAUUUUGGAUUUUUACAUGUGUUUAGGACUGAAGGGCUUUAAACUUCAUAGUUUUACUUAAAGGUUCUGUGUGUGAUGUUCAGAGUAUUAAAACAGGAGCAAAACAUUAUUUGCCUUGAAAAGAUUUGGUAGAAUAAUCACGUCCUGAGCAGACAAUUAAGUCACACUACCUCUUUGCUUUUUAAGUCGAGCUUCCCUUUUUGCUGUUGUGGUAGCCGGUCCGGCCAUGUGUGCAUGUUUGUUCAUGUAACGACAGAAAUACAUGGGGCACAGACUGUUUAUCGAGUUUUGCCAAUGGAUAAUACAGUUGUUUAAUUAAUUAACUGGAUAAUUUUUAUUAUAAUAUGCAUUUACUGAUAUAUUUAAUGUAAAAACACACACAAAGCUGUGCUGCUUCUCAUUGUCUAUGGUACCCUGAGGUAUUAAUUUUGUAUCAAUUUUAAAUAGAUUGUAUUUGUUUUUUAAACAGAUCUAUGUGGUUUUUACGUAUUGGAGGGCCGCAAAGCCACACACACAGGAAUAAAAACAGACCAGCCACAGAAAAAUGUUGAACAGCGCUGUGCCCAUAUGGGCAAAAACAGCUUCUGUGGUCGGUGCAACAGUUUCAGAUGGUUAAAAUGCAGCAGCAAACGUUGCACAUUUUUGGCCAUAAGUCUUUGUGUGUGUAUUCCAAAGCUGCUCUGAUCUGCACUCAUAAUACAGUUACCACUGGUAACACCACCCUGACCCGCAAUAUCAUCGCUGAGGUGUAGCGACCACUUUCUGGCUUCCACACAGAUUACAAAUGUCCGCUCUGUCACCACUGUUGUCACUGUUAGCACUGUUUAUUGAGCUAUCAGGGAUUGUUGUUGAGAGCUGUGUGCUGACAAUCUGAAUCAUAUAUACUCUGAAUAUUGUAUACAGCUCCUUUAAGCUCGUCUUACCAUUUGAUGUUCUUUAAUUUGGCCUUUAAUUUCUUUUUUUAAUUUAAAUAUUUCUGUCAUCCUAUGUCUAGGCAAUAUCUAAAAAUUGCAGUACAGUAAACCUGACCGCAUACUGCUGAUUAGUUUGACGAGUUAACAACGAUGGACUGACGCUGCUUUUUAGAGCAUUAUAAAAAAAUGUAUUCUGUUAAAAAUGUCCAUGACACUACAGAGCAGAUUUUUGAUUAUUCAGAGUUUAUAUUGCUUGCACAUCAGUCUCUAACCUAGAUG